GCGGACACCUUCCCGACCGCCCGAAUCUAGAAGCACGGUGUGCGAGUCACUGACAGCAGUAAACAACUGGACAUAUUUUCGGUGCGCCCAGCAGGCUGGCAGAAGCGAGUGCGCUGUGUAGCCGGCCAUGACACCAAACCGAUCACUGCUGCGGAAAAUGUUCGCCAACUACGCUUGCCGCGAGGGCGACAUAGUGUUCGAGCACGUCAACGAUACGGUCAUCUGCUGGGACCGCAACGCCUCCAGACAUGUGCCGGUGUCUCUCAACGUGACGCAUCAAGUGCCGAUCGACUACGGGCUACCACUGUAUGGAUACGUCAUGCCAUUCCUCCUGGUCGUCACCAUCAUCGCCAACACGCUGAUUGUGGUGGUGAUGAAUCGGAGGCACAUGCGAACGCCAACCAACCUGGUUCUGAUGUCAAUGGCCAUCUCAGACAUGCUGACACUGCUUCUUCCCGCCCCGUGGAUGCUCUACCUGUACACGUUCGGCAACUACAACAAGCCGCUGGACUCUGUGUACGCGUGCUACAUGUACGUGACGCUGACGGAGACGUUGCCGUCGCUGUUCCACACGAGCAGCAUCUGGCUAACGCUGGCGUUGGCCGUGCAGCGCUACAUCUACGUGUGCCACGCGGCCGCCGCUCGCACCUGGUGCACCGCUCCACGCGUCAUCAAGGCCAUCAUCUGGAUCUACAUGGUGUCGCUGAUGCACCAGUCUACUCGCUUCUUUGACCGCAGCUUCACCACUGUCGAGAUCAUCUAUCAGGGUCGCGUGGCCACGAGCUGCGCUCCCAGUAUACCUCACUGGAUCACCGAUGGCCACUCGCAGGACUUCUACUUUGGUUUCUACUACGGGUUCCGCGUUCUCUUUGUCCACAUGCUACCCUGCAUCUCGCUGGUGGUUUUCAAUAUCCUGCUGUUCCGCACUUUACAGGAGGCACAGGCCAAGCGAGACAUGUUGUUCAGAGAAAGCAGCUCGAAGGGUAAGCGGGAAUGCAAGAGGGCCAUCGACUCAAACUGUACCACGAUGAUGCUCAUCGUCGUCGUGAGUGUGUUCUUGAUCGUUGAGAUUCCGUUGGCUGUCGUCACCUGUCUCCAUAUCAUUGAGAAUCUCAUGGACAACGCGCAGCUGCUAGACUACGAAGUCAGUAAGGCACUGGUAGUCAUCAUCAAUUUCAUCAUCAGCCUCUCCUACCCCGUCAACUUUGCGAUCUAUUGCGGCAUGUCCAGACAGUUCCGCGAGACGUUCCGUGAUCUCUUCAUCUCCGGGAAGUCGGUCACGUCCAGCGUGACGGGAACUGGAAGCACUCGCUACUCGACAGUGAAUGGACCACGCACAGAGACCAUCCUCUAGAACAAGAAAGCGAUGUGCUUCAAGGAGGUCGUAGCUUGUCCGGAAGCUAACCGGAAGACGCCCGGAAGUGGCCUGGAAGUGGGUGGCCUUGGCUGCGCCAUUAGUGCUGUCAGCUGCACUUCCGGCGCGUCUUCAACGGCGGCGCGUCAUUGUCCGCGCCCAGCAGAACAAGGGACAGCCGGGGCUGAGCGGCGACCGUAGGCCGGCGGUUGUCGGCCAGCAGAACACGGCCCUGCCGAGGCUGAGCGCCGAACGUAGGCCGGCGACUGCCGCCCAGCAGAACACGGCCCUGCCGAGGCUGAGCGGCCACCGCUGGCCGGUGGCUGUCGGCCAGCAGAAGACGGCCUUGCCGAGGCUGAACGGCCACCGCUGGCCGGCGACUGCCGCCCAGCAAAACAUGGGCCCACCACUCGCCAUCGGCUGUCGCUCAGUAGAACACGGGCUUGCCGCUCGCCGGUGGCGGUCACGCCCAGACGUCAGUGUCGGAUACCAUAGCUCGGUGUGGGCGGGCUGCGCGGGGUUGUGAGACCAGUUGUUCUGGGAGUUCCACAUCUGUGACGGCAGGGCACAAGUGGUGAUGAUCGCUGGCUGGAGGCAGCCGGCUGUCCCGUGCUUGCUAUGUAGAUGUGUGUGGCGUAGCUGACCGACCGGACCCAAUACGUACCGCAUGCUAAACCAGCUUUGACGGUUUGUUCCGGUUGCAAAACCAAGCACUUAGGUACAUGACCUUGUUGUAAGGACUGAACCACCCGGAAGACUUCAAGCACGCACCGCUGUCCGUGUGACUCAAGUAGCUGUAUACUACCACCUCCGUGACUAGUGCUUUUAAUAAUUUGUCCACGGCCCAUGCACGUGGGGUUCGGCUCGGCUGUUGAUGUUUCCUCUCGCUGAAUCCCAGCCUCCUCCCACUGGCUGUACGCACAAGAGCUGCCGUCAGCUGCCACCCAGCUGCGACACGGCCCGUCUGCACCGCCUGCCUGGCCACCUCACUCGUUGACCGUCAGUCACCCGUGACGGCCCUUGGCGGCGUGGUCGACCUUUGCGAGACGGCAGCUGAGCUCCGUCUCGGCCUCCCUUGCUCAGCCCGACGGGUGCCGCCGGUCUCCUGGCCUUCGUCUGCCCUUGAUCACAUCAUCGAGCUUCGUCGAUCGUAUCAUUCGUUCAGAGGAUGUCUUCAGCCUGGGUUACGCUUCUGCUCGGUCUCUGUGCACAUAGUCUGUGCAUGCCCUACGCUUAGCCUGCGCGGUAAGGUAAACAUUUGCUGUUACUACGUGUGCCUCAGUUUCAGUCCUGUCCCCAGUUACCAUGGGGGUAGGGGAACUUGUUUAUUCGCCCAGUCUCCAAACAGCAUGGGUCUCCGUCACACCCUCAGUCUCUGAGUUGUGCCCCGUCUCUGUCACACACUCAGUCUCUGAGCUGUGCUGGGUCUCUGUCACACACUCAGUCUCUGAGUUGUGCUGGAUCUCUGUCGCACACUCAGUCUCUGAGUUGUGCUGGGUCUCUGUCACACACUCAGUCUCAAAGUUGCGCCCCGUCUCUGCCAUACACUCAGUCUUUGAUUUGCGCCCCGUUCCUGCCACACACCCAGUCUCUGAGCUCUACCCCGUCUCUGCCACACACUCAGUCUCUAAGUUGCGCCCCGUCUCUGUCACACACUCAGUCUUUGAAUUGUGCCUCGUGUCUGUCCGCGUGGUUAUAAUCUGUGCUAUGCUCAUUUCCUCUCCGGCUGUCGUGAGUCUGACCUCAUUGGCAGCAGUUCGCGUCUUCAGCUCGGCUGGCCGGCCAGCAGCAGCACACAAGCCAGUGUGACGCGUACGCCUUCCACAAAUGCACACAUUCUGGCGCAUCCGAGACCUGACGGCUUAACACCAGCAAUGUGUGAUGGCACACCGCCAUGGUGCGCUUUACGUGAGUGUCAUGGUCAUUGGCAUCGCGUUUGCACCGUAUUGACGAGCGUGCUGACACAUGGUUUGAUUCCUGAUGCGCUGCUUGCUGUCGACAUUGGCCUCCCGCUGUUAAUUCUGGGAAUAGCUACCCAUCUAAAUCGAGUUUACAAAGGUCACCGCAAUGACACGGCACGUCGUCAUCCGUUGGCCAGCCAGCGCUGCUGCUCGCUGGGCAUAAGUUGUCAAUCUUCGCCACCAGGAAAGGUGGGCAUUAUUGGAGAGAAUAGCCAUUGAGCCCGAUUACAUGUCACAGAUCAUUCGGCGGCCGGGCAUCGCCGCCACCGCGUCCGCGUUCCGUUUCAAGCAGCACCCUGUUGGAAAUCGCCACAGGUCGGCGGGUUUGCUUAUGUAAGCCACAGCGGCGGUCCGGUGUUUAUUUAUCCGAACAAAGGUCAGUUGGGCUCGUCGAACAAAGACAGAAAGUGUUCCAAACGUGCUAGGAAAAGACAUUGUGAGUGAGUUUUGCCGGGACAGAGUUCCAGAACGUCAUCACGAGGUUGUUGCUACGCGGUUCCAAGCUUUUCAAUUAGUCGGCGAAAGGCUGCUUAUGGAAGUAUCGCUAAUCCCGGAUGAUCGCGGGAACGUGCGGUGAAUCUCCUUUCAAAAUACUUCAGGACGAGCUUUAAGGCAGUGAAAACCUCCUGAGCACCAAUGCAUGUCCGUGCUGCAUAGCUCCUUUGUCUGUCUGUUAAACUUAGUUCAAGUCAAGCAAAAAGUUAAGUUUGACAGAGCCAUCACCGUGUUCGUUCUAAGCGCAAUCCCGGUUUGCUUAUUUGUUAUAUUUUGCAAGGACUACGAUACACCAGAUGUAACGGACAGGUGUGUGGGGAAGAUUGGCACCUUUUAGGUGUCAUAUUUCUUCUCGCUUCUUCACCAGAUAUGAAGGUAAUAAGUUGGUUCGCGACCAAUGCACGUUGCCAAGUGACAGUUGGUAACAUGCAUGUCACGCAGCGAUCUGAACCCGCGUUGGGAAAACUGUUGUGUUUCAGCUACAAAAACAUCCGCACGAAUCCCAUCACCUGCGUAUGGUCUCCAGCGCACAAACCCCGAGGCCAGGCGGCGGCCAGUAGGGCAGUGCGUGUGCGUGUGCGUGUGCGUGUGCGCGUGUCGCGGCGGUGCUGGGUGUGGCCGGGCGUGCCAUGGCAGAGUCCGGGCCGGGCCGCCCCGGACUGGCGCUGGGCCGCGGCCUCGUGGUCGCACGUGAUGUAAUGCUGCGCGACUGCGGCGACGUUCCCCGUGUGAGCACGGCAGCCUUCCGCACACCGGCUCUGCGCCUCGUUAGGAGGGUCGGAAUGUUCAACGGACGGGAAGAACACCAUAUAAAAGCUGAGCGUUUUGUGAUUCCAAUGCCUUUCGUGUCAGAAAUAUGUCAAGUUUUUAUUAAGUGUAUUAUUCGUGCCAUUCUCUAACGUGUUCCAUUUGUCCUGUCAUAACCAAUUGUUCCAAUGUAAUCAUUGGGUUACUGAUUUAAUCACCAAAGCCGCACCAUCUGUCGCGUUAGAGAAGGUGUUAGGUGGACGAAAAUUUGUCAAAAACAGUCUACUAGCAGCAUUAUCGUUUACUAGGGAAGGGGAGUGAUACGUUUAUGGAAAGCGUCAUUUCAGUAUACCCGCACCAUUUCCAGAUACUUUCCGUUGGCAGCACCUUCCAAACAACAGUUCAGCACCAUGGUGGCACUUAUGAUUGAACAAACAAAAUAAAACCACACGGGCACGUGCCGGCACCACGCCGUUUUGGCAGGCUACAAGAUUCGGAUACCGGCACGCAAGGUAGGAAAAUAGACAACUGCCAAUGAUCCACGACUCCAUGUCAAGGGUAACCAAUCAGCUUUGACAUUAUGUCACCCCCAUUUGCCUAGGAUGGUAAGCGGUUGCUGUCUUAGCGAAGUAUUAGACAGGAUUCAAAAACAGCAAACAACAGCCGAAUGGUUCCAAUGCAAUCACAAUGUGUCAGAAUCGUGUCUCAAACGUCAUUGCGCCGUUCAAAUUCGGAACAGUUCCGUUUUAAUCUCGUGUAAAUAGCAGCACAUUAGUUGAAAUAAAAUAACCUCUAGGUUUGGAUUCGUUUUCGGCUGCCAGAGGUGGUAAAAAGUUCUGAAUUAGUGGAUGAAGGUGGUGACAAAAAGGUGCAUUUGUACGGGACGCUUGAUGACAACAAUCCUUUUGAUGAAAUAUUUCAAUGGCAGCCAUGACAAAAUAUUGCGACGCACAAUGCAUGAUCCAACAUGAAGCCUCCAUGGUCCCACAUUUGGUCACACAACACAAGCGCACCUUUAGUAAAUGCCCUUUACCGCAUCCUUCGGCACCAUGGUAUCUUGUUUAGGUUGCA